GGAGGGCAGUGUGACAUGCUGUACAACCAAAAAUACAAUCUUGACCAAGUUUCUUUGGCAUCAGAGAGAAUUAAUGAUGCUCAACAGACUAUGACUGCAAUGAAGGCUGCCAAUAAAGAGCUAAAAGGGAUGAUGAAGACUGUCAGGAUUGAAGAUAUAGAUUUACAAGGAGGCAUGCAAGACGAGAUGAUAGAUCUUAUGGAUGUGAGCAAUGAAAUACAAGAAACCAUUGGUAAAAGCUACAAGGUCCUAGAUGCCACCGACGAGGAGGAACUUAUGGAGGAGCUUGAUGCUUUGGAAGCUGGUAUGGACUUUGAAUUAAAUUCAGUCCCUUCGUAUCUUCAAUCACACGAGGAGAUUCUUGAUUCUGAGCUUAACUUACCUGCUGCGCCAAGUGGUCAUGCAGCAGUCCCGGCAAACAGGCAGCAGGUAUGUCAAUUGCAAGACUGACUAGUUUCUGUUCAUACUGAUUAUGACGCUGAUAUCCCUAGGAAGAAAUCGAUGGGUGUCACAAGUGGGUGUUACGUCUGAACAAAUAUAAGCAUAGGCACCGCAUACAUUUUUUUACAAACAACCCACAAAACAAAUUAUAUUUAUGCAUUGUUAGAAAUCGGCAAGCGGACAAACAGGAAAAUACCA